AUGGUGAAUGAUGCUGAUCUGAAGAAAUGAAUAACAUGAGCGUUAGGGGCAGCAGUGGGAUUACUCAGUGUUGAGAGAAACAACACGGAAAGCCCAGAGUGGAGGAGGGAGAAGGCACCAUUCUCUCAGCUUUAAUCUACUCCACCUCGGAGGGCAGAGCUCUAACCAGACACGCUGCGAGCAUCAGAAUCGGGAUGAACAUCGAGGUGGGGAACAUUUCUUAUACAGGAGCCAUCAUCUCCUGGUCGUCCUCGGAGCCCUGCCUGGAGGACUAUUACCAUAUUAUGUAUAGGCCCAACUGGAACAGCAUCUUCUCUGGCUAUCUUCGCUACAGCUUCCACCACGAGGAGAAGGUGCCUCGAACGAUCAGCUCCGUGGUGCUGGAACAUCUCGCCCCUUCCACUCUCUACUUCCUGUGCAUCAGCUGUAAGAAGGCUGCCUUCCCUUACAGGCACUACUGCACCAUGUUCCACACCCUGGAUAAGACUCCACUGGCUCCCGGAAGCUCCCUGGUAGACCCCCAAAUCUCCCUUUGGGUGCUGAUGGCUAUUCUGCUGGCCUGCUUCACAGCUGUCUUGGCCUUCAUCUGCCUCCAGUUCUGGUGUGUCCGUUGCCAUGAGCCGCGAUGGUCUUACAGGGCUGGCCACAUGGAGGAGGCCAAUGGGUUGGUGAGAUGGCCAGAGGAGGCCCCGGAUCUUGGUCAGAGGGAGGAAGACCUGCAGGGGCUCCCCCUGGUGGAAGUGCCACGCAAGAACUCCAGAGAUGAAGCUGAACUGAAUCCUGAAGCCAACCAGGAUGCCCCUGAUGCGGGUGCCUUACAGAGAGGGGGUGGUGACCAACCCGCCAUACUGCCUCAUUGUGGGGAAUGAGAGUGGGGAGGAGACAGCCCGCAUCAUGUAGCCUAAAGCUUUCCACACAGUAGGUCUUUUGUACAAACAUGUCUAUAGGCUACCCAUUUCUCUCCCAUCAAAUGUCAUUGCUAUUGUGGGUCACCUGGGUUGGAUGAAUGCCCCAUGACAAAGCUUCUCAAGCUGGAAAAUGUAUCCCCCAGGGUAUGUCCCCCAGGGUAUGCCAAGGCACCAACAGGGCAUCUCUGCAGCAGCGUCCACUCGGAGGACACAGUUAAGAAUUGAAAUCUUUGUUUUAACAUUAAAACAAACAUGGAUAUGUUAUAAAGUAGAAAGCAAAAAUUUGCAUGACUUAAAUAAAACAGCACUUGAAGGAAAUGUUUGAGUUGCGAGUACACUCUGGGAGGUACACUUUUGGGCAAAGGUGGAUGUCUAGUUUCCUCUGCCCUUGAGGGGAUUACUUGGAAAAGUGUGAGAACCCUUGUUCUGGAGUGUUUUCCAACUUUUAGGCAAUCACACACCACCUGUCUCUGUUUUUUAAAAUCAUGGAUUAUCUUUACUAUUAUUAAUAAUACUUUUUCUCUCUUUAAAUUGACUCCGUUUUUAGGUGUAAACUUAUUUUCAAAGACAGCCUUAUUUUAGUCCAUAAGUGAAAAGCCAGCACCCUCCUGCUACAAACAGAAGGGAAGAGACGUAAGAAUAAACAUCAUGAAAACAAGAUAAUAUUAAAUCUGACUUAGCUUCUAUUGCCUGCCAGUGACUCUGAGCUUAAUGCCCGCUUGCUUGUCUUUGAUAAAAAGGGAGAUCCAGUGUUGGAGAGGUAAUAAACACAUAUUAGCACCAAUAUUUGUCUUUCCCUUGAUAUAGCAUAAGGUUUGAAAGAGAAUAGAAAAGGGAAGUGCUGUUUUUACUUUAUGAGUCAGUGUUAGUUAAAUGCCAUGUCUGUGAACCACUUCAAAUGCUGUCAGUCAUCUUCCCUCGAUUUGAGAAAAUUGUCUUGACCAGACUAGGCGGGCUGUUCUGGAGAAGAUGCCUGCACUCUCCAAGCAUCAUCCUAAGACUUUCCCAGUGCCCUCUUGUAUCUAUAGAGCACAAAAUCCCAGAAUCACAGGACGACACUGCAGUGAAUCAACUGAGAAACAGCAGGAGCUGAGAAGCCAAGACGAGAAGCCCCACAUCCCUAUUUCCUUGCCUACCUCACGCAUUCCCUGCUCAGCACCCAGUCGUGGAGGUCUGCUUUUGCCCCCAUUCCUGCUACUUGUGAACAAAUAAAGAUUCAUAUACUCA